CUCAAUGGCCGAGGGGGCCGGGCGCAAGAGGGCGAGGAGAGCUGGAUGCAACGCGAGGUGUGGAUGUCCGUCUUCCGCUACCUCACUCGCAGGGAGCUCUGCGAGUGCAUGCGGGUGUGCAAGACCUGGUACAAGUGGUGCUGUGACAAGAGAUUGUGGACAAAGAUAGAUUUGAGCCGGUGCAAGUCUAUCACCCCCCAGGCGCUGAGCGGCAUCAUCAAAAGACAGCCGGUCAGCCUCGACCUCAGCUGGACCAAUAUCUCAAAAAAACAGCUUACGUGGCUCGUCAACAGGCUGCCAGGCCUGAAAGACCUCAUCUUAGCAGGCUGUUCCUGGUCUGCGGUCUGUGCUCUCAGUACCUCCAGCUGCCCCCUUCUCAGGACCCUCGAUCUUCGGUGGGCAGUAGGAAUCAAGGACCCUCAGAUCCGGGACUUACUCACGCCUCCAACAGACAAACCCAGUCAGGACAAUCGCAGCAAACUCCGCAACAUGAUUGAUUUCCGGCUCGCCGGCCUGGACAUCACCGAUGCCACGCUGCGGCUGAUCAUCCGCCAUAUGCCCCUGCUCUCCCGCCUCGACCUCAGCCACUGCAACCACCUUACGGACCAGUCGGCCAACCUCCUCACGGCCGUGGGCUCUUCCACGCGUAACUCCCUCACGGAGCUCAACAUGGCAGGCUGCAAUAAGCUGACGGACCAGGCCUUGCUUUACCUUCGUCGUAUCUCCAACGUCACCCUAAUCGACCUGCGAGGUUGCAAACAGAUCACCCGCAAAGCCUGUGAGCACUUCAUCUCGGACCUGUCCAUCAACAGCCUCUACUGCCUGUCUGAUGAGAAGCUGAUCCAAAAAAUCAGCUAGAGACCCUCCCCGGGGCAGACUGAGGAGAAGGAAAAGAGCCC